AUUAAUAUUAAUAAAAGGAAUUUGUUUACCGUGAUUUACACUCAUGUGUUUGGUCAAUGUUGUCAUUUUGAUUUUCCUCACUCCUUUGUCCUUGAAAUAAAGUAAAAAGUCGACCAUAAUGGGAUUCAGCUGUGUUCCCUUUACAUUAUCUUUGGUGCAUGAAGACAUGCGGAGAAGCUUCUAAUAUCAGUUUUAUUUUCUCUAUUGCUUUUUUGUUAGUUUGCUACUAAUGCAAGUUCAGUAUCUUAGCCAAGAAACCAGGAGGUACACAACUCACAAGACUCUUGGCUUUCUGAAGACGCUGACACUUCAUUCCUGUCAUUAAUUGAAUUUGUCACGCUUAAUAAAUACCCCAGUUUCAAAAUCAACACAUAGCAUUUCCUCACCAAUGAGGUGCCGCUUAUAAGAGUCUGGUCUUGCAUCUGCAUCCCUGCAACCGCCAUAUUUAUCAACCUGAAAACAUGUUCAAGUCAUGGAGCAAGAAGAACAAGAUCAAAGCUGUGUUCAAACUGGAUUUUCAGGCAACUCAGGUGCCAAAGAUGAAAAAGUCUGCAAUAAUGGUGUCUUUGGUGCCAGAUGAUGUUGGGAAGACAACAGUGAAACUUGAGAAAACUGCUGUCCAAGAUGGGACCUGCUCAUGGGAGAAUCCAGUUUUUGAGCCAGUUAAACUUGUUAGGGAUGCAAAGUCAGGAAAAAUUCAUGAGAAAAUCUACCAUUUCAUUGUUUCAACUGGAUCUUCAAAAUCUGGCUUUCUUGGAGAAGCCUCAAUUGAUUUUGCUGAUUUUGUUGCAGAGACUGAGCCAUUGACUAUUUCUCUUCCCCUAAAGUUUGCCAAUUCAGGCAUAGUUUUACAUGUGACUAUUCAAAACGUGGAAGGAUAUACUGCUGAAAGCAAUGGGGAAUAUAAUGGAGCUGAGGGGCUUUGCAGUGACGGAAGCUUGAAACACCAGCUGAGCUAUGGCAGUACAGAUCAUGAAAGUUAUAAUGUUGAUGAAAAUGGGCACAUGGCGAGGACCAGAUCCGAGUAUUCUGAGCAAGAUGCAUCUAAUGGCAUUAGUCCCGGGGUAGCUUCAUGGGAGGAUCCUUAUAGCUUCAGACAAAAUUCAAUGCCAUCAAAAAGAACUGUUAAGGAGGCCAUUGCAACAGAAAACCAAGUGCAUGAGAGGUCAAACACAAACUGGUCAAUUGGUUCAGCAUCAGAUGGAAGUUUAGGUGACUGGACUAACAGCCUGGAAGACAAUCUCCCUAGAGAAAGAUUACAUGAGCCUUCAGAUAAUGCCACUGAAAAGCUCAAAAGUGAAAUUUCUUCCUUAAAGAGGCAGGCAGAAGUAUCAGAAAUAGAGUUACAAUCACUACGAAAACAGAUAGAAAAAGAAAGCAGCAGGGGACAGAAUUUGUCAAGACAAAUAAUCAGCCUCAGAGAGGAGAGAGAUUUGCUUAAAACCAAAUAUGAGCAACUAAAGUCCCAGCAGAACUUCAAUAGUGAGAGUAAAACCCCUAAAAUCUUCAAGUCUGAGAUUGAAGAUACUAAGCUUCAGUUAGAGGCAAUAAAGGAAGAGCUUGUUUAUGAAAAAGAAUUGAAUGCCAAUCUUCAAUUGCAAAUGCGGAAGACACAAGACUCAAAUUCUGAAUUACUUUUGGCUGUGACAGACCUUGAAGCAAUGCUGGAACAAAAGAAUAAGGAAAUAUUGGAUCUAUCUACCAAUAAAAAAUCCCAAAGGACUUCUAAACAGUACGAUGAUGCCACAGAAUUAGAUCUCUUGCGGCAAAAAAUUGCAGACCAGAAUGAUGAAAUAGACAAUUGCUAUAAGCAACGUGAGGAACUAAGUGAGCAAAUAAAAGAUCUCACUUCAGAGUAUGAUCUUCUUAAGAAGGAAAAUGUAGAAAUCUCUUUGAGGUUAAAGCAAGAUGAAGCACAACACAUCAUGUUACAAAGUGAACAUUCAUCUUCUUUAGUUACAAUACAACAACUUGAAUCCCAAGUAGAGAGAUUAGAAGAAAAGCUAAAGGCGCAGGAAGAUGAAUUUUCAGCAUCCCUGGUCUGCAUCAAAGAACUUGAAAAUGAAGUCAAGUCUUUGGAGAAAGAACUGAAAAUGCAGGCAGAUAAGUUUGAAGAAGAUCUCCAUGCUAUGCAAUGUGCAAAAACUGAGCAGGAAGAACGGGCAAUCCAAGCAGAAGAGGCCUUGAGAAAGACAAGACAUAAUAAUGCUGUUGCAUCUGAGCGUUUUGAGGAGGAAUACAGAUUGCUUUCUGUUGAAAUGUCUCAAAAAGUUGAGGAGAAUGAAAAGAUGACUAUGAAAGCAGUAGGAGAAGCUGAUGAAUUGCGGCACCAGAACAAGCUAAUAGAAGAAAUGCUUCAUAAAUGCAAUCAAGAGCUCAGGCUUAUCACAGAACAGAAUGAUUUGAAAAUGCAAGAGCUUUUGGAUCAAAUAGAUUCAAAAUCAAAAACAAUAAAACAGAUGUCACAAGAACUAGAAGUUAAGUCUAAACAACUUGAGGAUGCAGAAAGGCACAGGGAAGAAAAGGAUGCUUCAUUUUCAAAGCAAAUACAAAUGCUCAGAUCUCAAAUUAAAAUGUUGAUGGAAGAGGAUGCAUUUGAAACCAAGCUAACAAAGAACUUGGCUGACAUGGCAAGGGAAGAUGCAAAAAUAGCCCAUAAAGGAAGACCACUUAUGAUGCCAAAUGAUGAGAUGAUACUGGGCACCCUACUGUCUGAGGUAGAAACAUUUAAGAACCAGCAUAAUGAAAUAAAACACAGUUUGCAUAAAGAAAAAGUGGAGAAAGAAAAUAUGAAGAAACAUAUAUCUCAAUUAGAAGGAGAGCUGAAGAAGAAGGAAACAGAGUUAAAUGCUAUGGAAAAGAAGCUCAAGAAUAACAAAGGACGAGCUGCAGUUACAAAUAUGAAUUUGGCAUCAAAAGACAAUGAGUGUGCUGAGCCUCCUACCGCUAAGGCACAUGUCCAGAAGGCAAAAUCCGUAAGGCAUAAGGGAACGGAUGCUGCAAGUGCUGCUGUUAGUAAGUCUGAAGCAGGAAAAAUAGGCAAGUCAACUGAGAACAAAGUUUGUCUGGCUCCUGGAAGUGAGGAUACAAAUGAAUUGUUGAAUGAAGUUGCACUGCUAAAGGAAAGGAACAAGACUAUGGAAAGUGAGCUGAAAGACAUGGAAGAAAGAUAUUCAGAGAUUAGUUUGAAAUUUGCAGAGGUAGAGGGAGAAAGACAACAGCUUGUUAUGGCUCUACGCAAUCUCAAGAAUGGUAAGAAGAAUUAGAAUUCUUUGCCGGAGCUGUGGCUUAUAGAAAACAUACAUGAGUGGUGAAGCAGGCAGGCUAUCAUCAUAACCCGAAUGGAGGAACCAAAUUUAGAUAGUACAUUGCAGUUUGCACUUAUGUUUUGACCUAUAUCCUGUACAUCAGUACAUGUACUAACAGUUUUACCUCAUCCAAUUUUUUUUCUGGGCCACUUGGUCCAUCCAAUAUUCUUGUCGUAUGAUACGUUGGCAAGUGAGCCAGGGGUACAAUGCUGUAGCUUCAUAUAGGUCAUGUAGCCAAUGAUUAUCAUCAGUUUGACAUUUUUGGCAUGUGUAACAUAUACAGUUAAGAUCUAUGAUGCUCAGAAGAAUGUUUUUGAUUGA